ACUUCACCAUAGGGAUAGCAGCACGCCAGCCAGCAGCAGCUUGCAACAGCAGCAGUAGGUGACAAGAUGAAGACGAUCAUGCUCCUGGGCAUCAUCGUCACACUAGUCGCAUCAGGAAGUGCUGCUUUCCUUCCGACGACGGAAGCGGCCACCGUGCGAGCCCCCCUGCUGAAGACGCAGACGUUCCUGUCCCCGCCCUUCUUCCUCCGCCCCGGCGGCAUCGCCAACAAGUGGUACUACGACGUGGACUUCCCCCGCGGCCACGUGGCCAUCAAGAGCUUCAACGGCGACGUCGUCGACGAGGCCGGCGCCCCGGUCCCUCUCCACGAGACCUACCUCCACCACUGGCUCGUCUCGCCCUACUACGGCCCAAGCGCCAUCCCGAUCACCAACUCCGGCCCCUGCAAGGACUUGCUGGGCCAGUACUUCGGGCUGGGCUCCGAGACCCGGCGAACGGCCACGUGGGUGCCCGACCCGUACGGCAUCGAGAUCGGCGCCGGCGCCCCGGCCGGGUACGAGGAGCGGUGGCUCAUCAACGUGCACGCCAUCGACACGCGCGGCGCCGCCGACAAGCUCGCCUGCACCGAGUGCAGGUGCGAUGCGUACAACGUCACCGUCGACGAGACCGGCAACCGCAUCGGGAACGGCUACGUCGGCGGGAUACACUGCUGCUACGACAGCUUACGGUGCAGGGUGGAGGACGCGUUCGCCAACAAUGGCGAGCCGCCGCGGAAGCUGUUCCUCCGGUACACCGUGUCGUGGCUUGACUGGAGCGACGCCGUCGUUUUGCCGGUGAGGAUCUACAUUCUUGAUGUCACCGAUACGGCUCUGUUCGAUGGAAGCCCCAAGCCUUAUUGCAAGAUAGAGUAUCGUGUGGACGAAUGCAGCUCGGAUGACCGAGCGAGUAACAACUGCGUCGACAUGAAGACGACCAAAGAAAUGGUGUCCCAUGGAGGCGACGUCGUCUACGCCGUCGCUCACCUGCAUAGAGGUGGCCUCGGUUCCUCGUUGCACGGCCAGGACGGCCGCCUGCUCUGCAAGUCCAUGCCAAUCUACGGCACGGGGCAGGAGGCUGGGAACGAGGAGGGAUACGUCGUCGGCAUGUCGACGUGCUAUCCGGAACCGGGUACGGUGAAGGUAAGCGACGGUGAGGUGCUGACCAUAGUCUCCAACUACAGCAGCGAGCGGCAGCAUACGGGGGUCAUGGGCCACUUCUACAUCCUUGUGGCAGAUCAUCAGGAGCAGGCUCUCGACAAACCGGCCCUUUGCUUCAGCUUCCCAUACUCAUGGUGCCUCCCGGCAUGGAUGUGGAGCAACCAGAUGUGAGAGAAGCGCAUAUAUGCUUACAGCGAGUUAUACAUCGUUUCCGUAAGAAAAUAAGGCAUGCUUAUUAGAGCAUGAAUCCGCUAUGUCACUAUGUGUGUGUAAUUUGCAUGGAUGUGGAGUAAUGUUGUGUUGUGUGUGGUCCGGGGUGGUAGCUCCAAUGCCACUAGUAGCAGGCCGCAGCUGAGAUAAUAGCAUUUGUAUGUAUGGCUAAAUUUGAAUAGGCCUUUCGGCCGGAUUGAAGGUGUGUGACUAUAAAUGAUA